AUGCCUUCAGAUAGUGAUGGCACUGCCAUCCCUACUAUGGACUCUGACGAUAUUUCGGAAGUCACUAUGUCUAGGGGGAGACCUCUGCUUUUACCCACGGGCCGUAAAUUACGGCAUCUGAACGGGAUCGUGGUGAGGAAUUUGACGACUUCGACGACACCUUCACGGCCAAGAGGCACUUCCACGGACGACGACUUUCUGGCAGGUGCCUGGAGAACAGCGAGCAAAACACUCACCGCUACUCAACAGGAUGAGAGCGAAUCAAGCCUGCAUCAUUCGAAAUCGUCAAGUGACCUAGCUUCAGGGAGACCACAUUCGAGACGACGUAGCACGCGUGGGUUGGACGGCAUAGUGCAGAAGCAGAAACGACUUGAGGAUGUGAGAAUGUCCGAUGUGUUCUUCUCGCUGCAUAUUGCAGAGCUUGGAGAUGAUCCAAUCUACAUUAGCGAAGUUAUUCAUAAGUCAAUGAAUCCGAACUUCCAGUCCUUCGACCUAAAAAAUGCCGGACCACACAUCUCGAGACGGAAUGCAGUAAUUGUCAAAUUAUGGGCGGGCGUCAGCGGAGAUCUUCAGCUUCUUGUCGAGUUGGACAUUACACUACCGUCAUUAAGGUUUAUUGGGAAAAGUCUUGAAAACUUUCCGUACCCGUUUUCUACAAACUGCAUUAUUUUUACUUUGACGGACGGAAUCUAUACUGUAGUUAACGAUCUCCCAAUGCCGCUACCAAAAGAGCUUCGGACUGGCGGCCACAAUGUUUCAACCUCAAUCUCGUCAUUGUCGUUCUCCAACGAGAAUACAAUUCCAUCCACCUCUUACGACACCGUGAUGAAGCUCAAUAACCUCGAAGAGUGCGUCAACGAUGCUCAAAUGACUACCUCAAAAGUCUCCUCGCAAAUAAGCUCUCUUCUCUCCCGUGAAGCGACCCCUCUCUCUCUGCUCAGAUUGACCGCUGCCGCAACCUCUCGCCGUGAUGCGGUGAAAAAAGCUCUUGCAACCGAGAAAAAACGCCUAGAGAAUGUCACUGCUCGCCGUGAUAAUCUUUUGAAGAGCAUCAGCUCACGCAGAAGCGCUAUGGCACUCGGUAAAGAAAGUCAAUCAACUAGCGAAAAGUUCCUCGAAGAAGCCACCACACAACUCGAGAGAUCUCGCCUUGACCUUGCAGAGACCAAGGGUGGGAUUGAAGCUCAGAGACGCCGCAUCGUAAACGACCUACAGCAGAUCUAUCCUAUCGAGCCGACCCCUGAGCAUUCGUUGGGAUUCACGAUUCGGGGCUUGUACCUACCCAAUUCGGGCCAUGAUGAUCAUGAUGAUGAGGUUAUCUCGGCGGCUCUGGGCUACACUGCUCGCAUGGUGUAUCAGCUGGGUUAUUACCUGGGCACAUAUCUACGGUACCCGGUGCAGCCAGUGGAAAGUAGCUCGUUCAUCAUGGAUCCGAUUAGUGUUAUCAGUGGCGCGAGAACGUUUCCCUUAUGGAUGAAAGGAAGCUUACAUUUCCGGUUCGAGUACGGAAUUUUCUUGUUGAAUAAGGAUAUUGAGCAGUUGAUGAGCCGCCAAGGUCUCUCCGUAAUGGACCUUCGCAACACACUCCCCAACCUCAAGUAUCUGCUUCUAUACAUGACUUCUGGAAAUGCGCCCAUUCUCGAGAGAGAACGCCCCUCGUCGCCAUUCAUCCAGAGCCUGCGCCGCAGACCGUCGGAGCGCUCUCCAAACGGAAGAUCCGUAAGCCCGGCAGGCAGCACGCACGCAAGAAGAACCAUGUCGCUGGACAUUCCCAAAAGAGACUUUGUGGAUUUGACAGACUUGGUUGAUAAAGGAGAAGAGACCUAUACUAGCACCACCAAAGCAGCCUCUGUUGUCGGAAGCUAG